GAUCCUGAUGAAGGUUUUGUCUUGGGCUUCAGCCCAUAGAAGGGCUUCCCAUGGCAAGUUGAUAUCAGGGAGGGGUCAGACUAAGAGCGAUUCAAUGUUUUUAGUGAAGGACAGCCAAAGAGAUCAGGUGGUUCUAGGAGAUUGCCUUUUAUAUUGAGUCUGUUUUUUUCAGAGGGUUUCUUCCUGUAAGAAGUAAGUAAUAUUCUCCACUGAUGAAUAUGACAAUGAAUUCACUGUACUCCAGUGGCCCCCACAGUCAGUAAAUCUAAAUCUUAUAGAAUACAUUUGGGAUGUGGUAGAAUGAUAGAUUUGCAUCAUGGAUGUAGAACCAACACAUUUGCUUCAACUGUGUGAUGUUAUCAUGUCAGUAUAAACCAAAAUCUCAGAGAAGUGUUUCUGUUAACAUGUAGAAACAAUUAGGGCAGUCCCGAGGGUUUCAGUUAGUUACUCGACUGUAUCAAAGACACAUGAGUCCAAAGCAAAAAAUAAAAAUAAAAUCAACAGUGUUACAAAUUUACAUGAAAGCUAAAAUGCCAUUGACUGCACAACUUUAAAUAAAACCUAACAGAACUCAAUGCAGGACAGCCACACACCACAGAUCUAGAUCGGUGAAGGAAAUUCCUUGCUCCAGAAGUUAAAUUGGAGUUCAUUGGUUUUAAUGAAAUAGGCCAACGUAAAGCAUAAUUGUUAGGUGGAAGGAAAAUGAUACUAUUCAAAAUUGUUUUUCCCAAAUAGGAAUCUGAAAAUUUUGACAUGCAUUUGUAUUCAAGCUCAUUAGGUCAAACUGCCCUGUGAUGGACUGCCUCUCACCCAAUGACUGCUGAAAAUAGGCACCAGGUAUAGAAGAUGGAUGGAAGGGUCAAACCUUUGCAGAGUCCUCUUUCUCUGCAGUUGAAUGUCCUCUGGGAGUCUAAGCUCCAGGUCUAUGAUUAGAAUUUCUGCGACAAUGCAAUUUGCAUGUAAGCCAAAAUUUUGGUCCCAUCUGACUAGGGCACCUUGAUGAUGUAUUAAGCAAUGCUCUAUUAUCUGUUUGAAGCUGGUGAUGUUAACUUAUAGUCUAAUGGUGCUUUAAACUUCUACAAAACCUUAUUCCUGAACUUUCUGGUGCGAUCUUUGAUCUUCUUGAUGGUGUUUCAAUGCUCUCCAACAAACGGAGUGACACCUGAAGGCAACUGUUUGCACAAAAUGUUAUUUAGUGGGAUCAGAAUAAAGGGAGUAAAUACAAUGUACUCCACACAUUGGAGGUUUUAGUUGUAAGGAGAAUUGGAAACCAUGCAUAAUGUUCCUUCUGCUUCACAAGUAUGCACUACAUAAAAUCUUACAUUGAAGUUGGUGGUUUAAAAAUGUGAAAAGUUCAAAGAGUAUGGCUACGUUUGCAAGGGAAAAAUAUUUCAUCACAAAGGAAAGUGUGACCUUGGACAGAGAAUUUAAAUGUUAUUUGUGUACACUGGAGUUUUGGGAGAUUAUAGGUUUCUGUUUGAUUUUGGUUUAAUAGUUUUUCUCAAAUCUAGUGAUUUCACUUGGCAGUAAGUCAGUCAUAUAGUUCAAUUGUUUUACCUUCAGCCUGAACGUUUACAGGUAAAAUAACACUUUUUGCAUCAGUUCUGUGUAGUUCUUACUGUUGAAGCAAGAUAAAUGUAGGGUGUUUGUCUGAACAGAGUUCUGACCGCAGCUAAAAAGUCCCUUAUGUGAAAGGAAUGUUAAGUAUUUCAUUUCAUUUCUUGAAAGGAUAUUUGUCUUCACUUUUUUACAUGGGUAAUAUGCUUUCUUUCAGUUGGUAUUAUAAACAUAACAGGAUGUCAAAGCCAGACAAUGCUGAAGUAUUUGCUAAGUUCCUGUAUAAUAUCAAACAUUUGUUCAUCUGCUUCACAACACCUCAAACUAUAAAAGGAAUUAAUGUUUUGUCUUAAAUAAAACGAAUGAUUUGAAUAAUCAUUACUUUGGAGCAAACUGUCUGAAUGAUCUUCAAUUCACCUCUGGGAUAAUUUCUCUCAUCUCCUGAUGGAGGUUGGGUACAUGGAAUUGGAAUAAACCAUGUUCAGGAUUUCGAUUGUUGAUGCAGCUUCCAUGAGCUGUGGCCUGAAAGUUAUCAGUGCCCGUUGUGGUGGCAACCAGAGAACCUGCUGGUGGACACCAGUGGUGAUGGAAGCCAUCAGGCUGAAGAAGAAAGCUUUUAGGGCUUUAUUUCCCUGAGGUCUCUUGAAGCAGCUGAUAGCUACCAGGUGGCCAGAAUGACUGAGGCGUCUGAGGUUGUGGAAGCCAAAACUUGGGCAUGAGAGGAAUUCGGGGACACUAUGGAGAGAAACUUUCGGUGGGCCUAAAGGAAGUUCUCAAGAACCGUUUGCUGACUCAGAAAAUGGAAGCAGGGACCAUCAUAAACUGUGUAUACUUUGGGAGGGGAACUGCAGUCCCAGACUAAGGGCAUUGUCAGCCAGUGAAAGGAACACUUUGAGGAUCUCCUCAAUCCCAAUGGUAGGAGGCAGAUUCUGAAGACUUGGGAGAUUGCAUUUCCAUCACUGUGGCAGAGGUCGCCGUGUAAGUUAAAAAGCUCCCCAGUGGCAGGGCACCAUGUGUGGUUGAGAUUUAGCUUUGGUUUCUGAAGGCUCCAGAUAUUGUGAGACUUUCAUUGUUGACACACCUAUAUAAUAUUGCAUGGAGGAUCAGGACAACAAGUGGCAAAAUGGGGUGGUGGUCCCAAUUUUUAAGAAAUUAUCAAGAUAUCACACUUCUCAGCCUCCCAGAGAAAGCUUACUUUGGGCUGUUGGAGAGGAGACUACGACUGAGUGGACAGUGGACCAGAUCUUUGCCCUGGUGAAAUUGCUGAGCUGGUCAUGGGAGUAUGCUUCUCUGGGCUAUAAGUGUUUUGUGGAUCUGGAGAAGGCCAUCUACCAUGUCCCCUGAGGUAUUUUGUGAGGCGAGCUGCAGUAGCAUGGGGUGUCUGGGUAACUUUUAAGGGCCAUCCCAGAUAUAAGCGGCUGAAAUGAGCUUUCUCUAGAAGGUGGCUAUACUUAGCCUUAGAGAUAGGGUGAGGAGCUCUGUCAUACGAGGGUAGCUCAAAGUAGAGCCACUGCUUCUCCCCAUCAAAAGAUGUCAGCUGAGGUGGUUUGGGCAUUUGAUCAGGAUUCCCCCUAGCCGCCUCCCUUCAGAGGUUUUCCGGGCACAUCCCACUGGGAGGAGAUUCUGAGGAGGACCCAGAACUUGCUGGAAGGACUAUAUUUCCUGUCUGGCCUGGGGACACAUUGGGAUCCCCCAGAAUGAGCUGCAGGAUGUUGCUAGAGAGAGGGAGGUCUGGGGUUCCCACCUGGUCUGUUGCCCCCGCAACAGCCGAACCUCAGAUAAGAAUCUUAAGAAGACAAUGGACGGACGGAUGAUUUGAGUAACUCAUUGAGACCACACACUCCAGCUGGCAUAACUGGAAACAGAUAGCUUUCACCAGUUUGCGCACAGAUUAAAAUUCAUGCUCAACAAAGUGCCUAUGAUAUAAGAAUGAAGAAACACUUAGAUUGUGCAGGCAGGGUUGUCAUAAACUUACUGGGUUUUGUGUGAUUUUGUUGUCAGCACAUUCAACUUUGUACAGAACAAAGUAUUCAAUGAGAAUAUUUCAUUAAUUCAGAUCUAGGAUGUUAUUUGAGUGUUCCCUUUAUUUUUUUGAGCAGUGUACAUUGUUGAUUUUCAAAUCAUUGUUGAUCUUCAAAUGGUCAAAUAAUUAGAUCUCAAAGCACAUUAAUUAUUUAUUCCUUCUUGCUGAGACCUCACCCAAUAUUUGAACACAACUGAUCCCCUAAAUAUUGUAUAUUUUAUCUUUGAAUGCCUUCCUAUCAGCUCUAUUUCUAGUUUGUACCUUGUGUUGUUAAGAUUAUAUAAUUAUUUGUAUAAUUUUCAAUAAGGCCUAUUAACAAUAUUUGUGAUUUGCAUGGUAACAGUCAAAUCCUGAACAAGAGGCUUCUAGGCCUCUGGUUGGCAUUAAAAGCUUUUGUUAAGUUAUCUUAUGAACAAUAUAAAAACAGCCAUAUUCAUCAAUUAUAUUAGUAUCGCAUAUGUAUUGUAUUGAAUUGCUCAUUAUCUAUCAUGUUGGCUGUGGCAUCCUUUCCACAGAAAAAAACACCCCACAUUUUAAUUUAAUUCAUACGAAAACUUCCUUUGGCACUCACAGGGGAAUUUAUUUAUUUAGGCAGACCAAAUAACUAUUUGAAACCGGCUUCUGGUCAUAGACUGCUCUGUAGACUGGUCAUUCUUUUGUACAUCAGUGCAAUACCGCAGUAUAUAGCUUAUUAAGUAUUUUCUCUUCUGCCUUCACACACAUAUAAACUUCAGUGAGAUCCCAUUGUUAACCCAUAGAGUUUUAAAAAGAUGUCAACUCGUGCUUUGCAGCUCCUCUGGAAAGACUUUCCACAAGGUUCAGGAGUGUGUUUGUGGGACUCUUUAAUCUUUCUUCCAGGAGUGCAUUUAUGAGGUCAGAGACUGAUGUUGGGUGAUCAGUUGGGUUGAGGUCAAAAUUCUGGACAGGCCAGUCCAAUUGUUCAACACCCUAAUCUCCUCUGAACAAAACCUUCUACUUGACAAAGUCCUGUCAAGUAAGUGACGUUCUUCCAGCAACUUUUAAACCCAGACUAAUCCAUUGGACUGCAGACAAAGAGACAUUCCAGUGGACUUUCCCCUGUACUAGAGUCCAGUGGCAGUGAGACGGUUCAAGCAUGGAUGUACACUGAGACUGAGCAGUUGGCACCGAUCAUACUUGAAUUUAUUGGACAAUCUCUCCUGGUCAGACAGUCAAAGGUCAGGUCUGGGUGAUCCAACCUAACUGGCAGGGUGGUCCAACUUCUCAGGAUCAGGCUACACAGAUCAGUAUGCAACUUGAGGUUAAAUGCCUUGCCCAGAGGCACAUUGACAUGCGGCAGGAGGAAGGUGGAAUCAAACCCACAGAUUGGAUUGCAAGAUGACUACACUUCCCGCUGAGCCUUAGUUGCCUUAUAUGGCAGCUGCUGCAGAUCAGGGUGAUGAUGUUCAGGUGUGAUGUCAUGGCUCAACAGCAUUUAUGACAGGCAGUGUGCUUUACACCACUGCAUCUGAAAUGUUGCAUUGCACUUGGUGAUGUAAGACUUGGAUGUUGCUGUUCAGCCUUGGAAACCUAUUCCUUAUGCUGUCUGCACACUGGUUUGUACAUUAUCUGAAAGCCAUAUGAAGUUCGGAGUCAACACCCUAAAUUGCUACGAGUGUGUACCAGGAACCUCCGAAACCUGCACUGACACAGCAAAGGAAUGUCCCUCACCAGAUAAUCUAUGUGCAGCAAUGACACUAGUGACUUAUACAGGUGGUUCUAAAGACAAAGAGAUCAAAGCUAAAAUGUGUGCUCUAGCUAGAGAUUGUGUUGAAGGCUCCGCCAACUUUGGAUCUGACAAAACUGUGAUUGUGAGCGAGUGCUGCACCUCUGAGCUCUGCAACAGCCAAUACGUCUCCGAGCACAAGUCCAUUCCAAACGGCAAAACGUGCUACAGUUGUGAAGGACAACAGUGCACUAAAACCCUAAACUGUGAGGGGGAUCAGGACUACUGCAUCAAAUCAAGAAUGAACAUAGGAGGGGAAAUUCAAACCCUGAAGGGCUGUGCCUCCAAGAUGAUGUGCUCAGAAAAUCCCUCUGUGUUGUUUCAAACUUAUAUUGGAUCAGGAAGCAGCUGUUGUCAGGGUGACUACUGCAACAGCGCCAGCAGUGCAAGUGCUGUCCUGCUGCUGUUGUUCGUGUCGCUGAUAUUGUUGGUCUUGUUUUCUUAACAGAUGAACACAAAUGCAUCAACACAAAGCUUUCUCUGUAACAGAGUUACCUGCAUUAUUUUAGUGGUGUAAUAAAGUUCCAUCUGUGUGUGUUUCCCUUUUUUAAUUUGUAAAAAAAGCUUUUUAAGAAAUUUUAAAAGAAGAAAAGAAAUGAUUCCUUAUUCAGCUGCCUAAAAAAAAUAUGUUUUUUAUGUGAUGUUAAAGGAUUUCUUAUUAUUAAAAAGAGAAAAACUACACUUGUCAUAUUUUUCAUCUAAUUUAAAGCUUACAGUAGGUUUUUAGUGGCAUUAUCCAUGGAGCAAAGCUAUAAAUAUCCUGUAUUUCCUAACUGUA